ACAUGGCCGGAGAGGACUUUGCUGUCGGGGAGGCGGCCGCCGCUGCCACUUCCAUGACUCAGUCUCUGAAGCACAAAUAUUCUCAUCUCGGGGAGAGCCGGUAUCGUCCUCCGCCCCCGGAGCAGAUGUUCAUCUGCUCGUUCCCAUUUUGCGAUGCCACCUUCAACCGGGGCUGGAAACUGGACGCGCACCUUUGCCGGCACACGGGAGAGCGACCCUUUCUUUGCAUUUUUGAAGGCUGUGGAAAAGGCUUCACUAGAGGUUUCCAUCUUAAGCGUCAUUUUCUUACACACACUGGAGAAAAACAAUUUGUGUGCACAGUAGAUGGUUGCAAUAAAAAGUUUACAACAAAAUCAAACUUGAACAAGCAUGUUCUACGGAGACAUCAGCAGAGGAAAUAUGUAUGUGACUUUGAAAAUUGUGGGCAAUCUUUUAAGAAACACCAGCAGUUAAAAAUACAUCAGUCUCGACACACUGGUGAACCAUUUUUCAAAUGUGGUCAUGAAGAAUGUGGAAAGCACUUUUCUACGCCCAGCCAUCUAAAACGUCAUGAGAAGGUUCACCGAGGUUACGCAUGCAAAAAAGAGGGCUGUUUGUUUGUUGGAAAAACCUGGUCAGAAUACCUGAAACACAUGAGAGUCAGUCAUGUGGAACCAGUUACCUGUCAAGUGUGUUCCAAAACAUUUAGUCGCAAAGAUUAUCUGAAAUGUCACAUGAAAAUUCAUGCUGCGGACAGAGAAGUUUUUAAAUGUCCAAAGGAGGGCUGUGAAAGAACUUACACGACAGUGUUCAACCUUCAGAGUCAUAUUCUCUCAUUUCAUGAGGCAAAAAAACCUUUUGUGUGUGACCACCCUGGCUGUGGAAGGCUUUUUGCAAUGAAACAAAGUCUCAUAAGGCAUGUGGUACUACAUGAUCCUGAUAAGAAAAGGUUGGACUCAAAAAAACCACGGCCAAAGCGGAGCCUGGCCUCUCGCCUCAGUGGAUACAUCCCUCCGAAAGCACAGCGAAGAAACAUAUCUUCAGCAGAAGAAUCUCUGCCUUCAUCUGCAACAAGCAGCAAGCAGCAGGCUGCCGACGGCUGAAAUGCCGUUGCUUGACGACA